UCGGCUCGCAUUACAUGCUGUUAUUCUUUGAUACGCAAAAGUGCAAGAUCUUAAAAUGGCAGAAAAAGGCUUCCAUGUUGCAGACUACGUCGUAUUUGGUCUGAUGUUGUUGAUUUCAGCAGCAAUUGGUAUUUAUCAUGGAUGUACUGGAGGAAAACAGCGCACGACCAACGAAUAUUUGCUUGGAAAUCGAAGUAUGAAGACAUUUCCCAUAACAAUGUCGUUGCUGGCCUCAUUUUUCUCCGCCAUAACUUUGCUUGGCGUUCCCAGCGAGGUUUUUACAUACGGUGUCCAGUAUAAUGUUUUGAUCCUGUCUUUCUUUCUGAUCACGGGAACUGCUGCCAUCAUAUUUGCGCCAAUUUUCUAUGGUUUACACUUGACAAGUGCUCAUGAGUAUCUCGAACUCCGAUACAGCUAUGGUGUGAGGAAACUUGGUUGUUUUGUGUUCGUCGUUCAAUACUUGCUGUACCUCUCUGUCGUGUUAUACGCGCCAUCGUUGGCUCUCAAAGCAGUGGCAGGUGUACCUCUUGCCACAUCGAUCAUCUCAACUGGAGUCGUUUGUACCUUCUACACCACUUUGGGGGGGUUGAAAGCCGUGGUGUGGACGGACGUUUUUCAAGCCGUUGUUAUUGUCAUCGGUCUUAUAACUGUUUUUAUCGUCGGAACAAUCAACGUCGGAGGACUUGGCAAAGUUUGGAAGAUAAACAAACAAAGAGGAAGAUUGAAUUUUUUCGAUUUUGAUCCUGACCCAACUGUCCGUAACACAUUUUGGACUUUGACAAUUGGCGGUGCAUUCUCUUUGAUGCUUCCAUGGACUGUAAGUCAAGCUGCGGUGCAAAGAUUUCUCGCUUCAGAGUCCAUAAAAACUGCCCAAAGAUCUCUUUGGCUCAGCAUUCCUGGUUUAAUAGUUGUGGUAACACUCUGCUGUUUUGACGGUCUUGUUAUUUUUGCUGUCUAUGCAGACUGCGAUUUGAAAGAAUCUGGCAAAGUUACCAGCAAUGAUCAGGUCCUACCCUAUUUCGUGAUUGAUAAACUUGGCGGGCUAAAUGGCGUACCUGGUAUCUUCAUGGCUUGUCUGUUUAGUGGAUCUUUAAGCACGGCAUCUUCUGGGCUCAAUUCAAUGAUAACCGUCGUGCUAGAAGAUCUUGUAAAAAAGAGAUGGACAAAUCUCUCGGACUACAAUGCUACGAAUAUUUCCAAAAUGCUUGCAGUCGUAUUUGGUGUAGUUAUGACAUGCGGUGCAUUUACUAUCCAGUACUUUAGUACUCUUGUUCUACAGCUUGUUCACAGCAUGUUUGGUAUCAUAAGCGGUCCUCUUCUAGGAAUAUUUUUGAUGGGUGUGCUUUUCCCACGGGCAAAUUACAAGGGAGCUUAUUUAGGAGCUUUGACUGGGUUUAUUUUUACUCUAACUAUUGCAACAUGCGGAAUGAUAUAUCCUCCGGACAAAAAGGCAGGGGACAUUUCAAUCAAAGGUUGCAAAUUCUACAAUAGCACUUUGUAUCUUAAUCAAACAAUCGAUGGAAUUAUUUCAAAGCCUUUUGUGCCUCACAGUGAGCCGUUAGCAAAGUUGGGAAGCUUGUCUUAUUUAUGGUACUGUGCUACCUCCGUGUUCACUACAAUUGUUGUCGGAGUUCUUACCAGUUUGCUUUUUGAAAGAAACAACGAUCGUCAAAACCGGCCACGUCCCGAGUUGCUUUUCAGUAUUCCUCAGUUUUUCAAAUCGUUAUUUUGUUGCCAGAAAGAAAAAUCGAGUUCGGAUGAAAAUUCGUAUUUAUCGAUUCAACUGCACAAUAAAGAAAAGGGAAGAAGCAAAGACGAAACUGUUCAACUAAAGGAGAUCAAUCGUUUGGAUAUGUAAAUUGCUUCCGUUGGUUCUCUACAGUUGCAUGCCUAUGAAGGUGGAUAUAUAUGGGAAAUUAAUAUUAAAAUUUACCAUGUAUUUCUGAAGAUCUAUUUCUUUACUGCAUGCACAAUAUGCUAAUUUGACUAUGAAUUUUAUAAAGUUUUAACAAAACUUUCAUAUCAUAGAAAUACGAUGAUUUUUCUAUAUCUUUAAGACUAAUGCCUAGAUUGGUAUUUUGUUGACAGAUUGCAGAAUUAAGUUUAUAAAAGAUCUGAAUUCGACCUAAAAA